GACAUUUGGCGCCAGAAGUACAGCUGAAUGAUUCACACGCGUGUACGAUUACGACUGUUGUUUUUGUUUAACUAUGGUUAUGAGUACAUUUUUGUACGGCAUCCAGCCAGAGGAUAACUUUUACACGUUCCCUUCCAGUCUACUCCAGUUUUGCGUGGAGUCGUUCAACACAUGUUUUUCUUCAGGUGCGAAUGGCUACUGCGUCCCCGUCGGUCUCACCGCCUUGUCGGCGCUACUGCUGCUGCUGUCAUGUGUUCGCUCUGUUUGCCAAAGAAGCCAGCGUCCGGGUCACGCGUUCACCUCCACCUACUGCUUCCUGGGUGAGUUGUGCGGCGCCGUCGGAGCGGUCUUGUCGAAGCAACUUCAAAUUCAGGUUUUUAUGGGAAUAUUUUCGCUGCUUGUGAGCGCUGCGAACAUGAUUUUCGGAUGCUUCCCGGUGUUCCUAUGCUGGAACACACUGGCAGAGAGGAAGAGGAGGAUGAAGAGGCGACGCAGGAGGCAGCUUCUUCUGGCUACAUGUGUCUUCACGGUGGUGUCUGGUGGUUAUCUGAUGUCAGGUUUCACCAGCCAGCGAGCAGAGACACACUUCCGUGGACGAGGACUCCUUUAUAUUGAUCUGCAGGACAACAGUGAGAUCCUGGGCUACAUCCUUGGCUUGCUUUGCUUUUUCAUCACUUCAUCCUCAAGGUUUCCAGCGCUUUACACAGCGCACAAAGGACAGACACUGCCAAAAUCUCCUGUGCUCACCAGAGGGUUGUGUUCACUGGCUGCUGCUCUCUAUGCCACUGCUAUUCUGCUUCACAACAGCAGUCCUGGGCUUGUCCUGAGGGCUCUGCCAUGGCUCCUGUCUGCAGUGGGCACAGCUGCCCUGGAUCUCCUGUUUGUGUUAAUCUUUUGGUGCAAACAAGGAACCUUGCAGGAGCCUAUGAGAGACGGUGACACAAUAAGUCUUUUGGGCACCUCUGUCGUCAUUACCAAAAGGAAGUUUGCCACAAAGAUGAAGAUGACACCACUAAGUAAUUUGCCUGUCAACACAAAGUCAACGGAAAUGGGCGGCUAUUUGGACGUGGACAGCAAGUCUGCGUUACAGAAGGAGGCACAUCACCACCCUCCCGUCAGGACGGUGAGGUCAAUAAACCUUGAUGGUUUAUGCGCUUCAGACACAUCAUGGGAAUCAUCAGAUGACAGCUCUGAUCUGCAGUGGGAUUUUGAGCAGAUAAAUACAACUUGGAAUAAUAAAAAACGAGAGCAAGGUAGAGAGCCCUCCAAAGAGUGCACUGAUGACCUGAAACCUUCAUCUUCCUGCCAAUAUGAAGUUCCUCUCAACCCACAGAUGGUGGUGUGAAGGGUUGCGUCAUAUACGUAUUUGAAAAUAUGAUUCAUUUGCCAC